AUGACCAUUUCUAUCAAGGAGUUAACCAACCAUUCUUACAUCGACCAUCAACUAUCUGCCACGCUGGAUUCCACAGAAGCCUUCGAGGGUCCUGAAAAACUACUAGAAAUAUGGUUCUACCCGACGAUAUCCAACAUGAAGGACCCUGCCAAGACUUUAAGAUCCAUUAAUGUGGAAAAAUGGGUCCAUAUCUUAAAAUUGGUGCAAUGUGAAGUGUUAUCUAUCAAAUCCACAAAGAUGAUGGAUGCGUUCUUAUUAAGUGAAUCCUCUCUUUUUGUUUAUGAUCAUAAGAUCACUUUGAAGACCUGUGGUACCACCACCACCUUAUUCUGUUUAGAGGAAUUAUUUAAGAUUAUUAAGGAUGAAUUGAAUUGGGAUUUUAAAAAUGAAAAUGGGAAAUUAGAACCAUUUAAAGUUUUUUACUCGAGACGUUGCUUUAUGUUCCCCGCAAAACAACAUUCUAUUCAUAAGAAUUGGUCUGAUGAAAUUGAGUAUUUGAAUAAAUUCUUCGCAAAUGGUAGAAGUUAUUUAGUGGGACGCAACGACAAGGGCAAUCAUUGGAACCUAUACGUCACUGAUACCAAUAAGAUGAUGAUAAAGGAAAGUCCGCAAGAACAAGAAGAACAACCAUAUAAUGAUGAAACUUUAGAGAUUCUCAUGACCGGUUUAAAUCCCAAUUGUGCACAACAAUUCGUUUGCAAUCGGGAUGUAAAAGAUAUCAAGAACGAGCCCUCUACCAACAAUAACAAAGGUGACGCUGAUGAUGAGGGUCACUUGUUGGGUUAUAAUAUGACCAAGAAGUCAGGUUUGGAUAAAAUUUACAAUAACGUCAAAGACGUUUCAUUUCAUCAUGAUGCAUUUGCAUUUACACCCUGUGGCUACUCUUCCAAUGUGGUCAUGGAUGAAGAAUAUUAUUAUACUUUGCACGUCACUCCUGAAAAGGGCUGGUCAUAUGCAUCAUUUGAAAGUAACGUUCCUGUCAACCAUGUCUCUAAGGGGGAACAAGAUAAUGUGCAAGUGUUGAAGCAUGUCUUGAAUGUGUUCCAACCGAAAGAAUUUUGUCUAACCUUUUUUUCUAAAGAGAUGUCAAACGAAUCCUUCACGAAAUUGAUGAACAUUGUCAAACAAGUGACAAGUUACCAAAAGAAGGACAGAAUUAUUUAUGACUUGGAAGACUACCAAUUACUAUACAUGAGAUUCGAACGUUCCGAGUGA